AUACAUACACACACGAAUUCCUUUGACUCAAUCCCUCUCUCCCCAUUUUUCCCGGCAAUGCUUCAAUUUUAUCUCGAGAUCUACAAAGCCUCUUCAUUUCCUCUCCAUCAAUCCAUCUCCGCAUCUGCUUAAUCAUCUUCAAAAAGGGGGGAAAGAAUAAUUGGAUGGUGGAAAGGGGCAGAGAGAGAUUUGGGGUUUGAUGGGCAAUACAUGCCGUGGAUCAUUGGGAGACAAGCCUUCAGAGGUGUACAGUGAGCCGGAAGAGCAGCUGAAUUCGAAGUCCGAGUCCUCCUCCCGGAGCGGUGAAGACGCCCACCCGAGCCCCAAAAAGGAGCAUGGUUUGCCGCCGGUGAUCUGCCCCAGCAAAGACAGCAACACCAGCAGCAGCAUCAUCAUGACCCGAGGCAUGGCCAACCAGGCUCACUUCGUCAUGGGCCACAAGACUGCCAACAUUCGCGACCUAUACGUGCUCGGGCAUAAACUGGGGCAGGGGCAGUUCGGUACGACUUAUCUCUGCACUGAGAUUGCCACAGGUUUACAAUUCGCUUGUAAAUCGAUAACGAAGAGGAAGUUGAUCUCCAAGGAGGAUGUGGAGGAUGUUAGGAGGGAGAUUCAGAUAAUGCACCAUCUGUCUGGUCACAAGAAUAUCGUCACAAUUAAGGGGGCGUACGAGGACACUCUGUAUGUCCACAUUGUCAUGGAGCUUUGCAACGGAGGUGAAUUGUUCGACCGGAUUAUACAGAGGGGGCACUACACGGAGCAGAAGGCGGCUGAGCUGACUAAGAUCGUCGUAGGUGUUGUUGAGGCUUGCCAUUCGCUCGGAGUUAUGCAUAGAGAUCUUAAACCAGAGAAUUUCUUGUUGGUUAACAAGGAUGAUGAUUUCUCUCUUAAAGCUAUUGAUUUUGGGCUCUCUGUUUUCUUCAAGCCAGGGCAGAUUUUCACUGAUGUGGUCGGAAGCCCGUAUUAUGUUGCACCAGAAGUUCUGUUGAAGCAUUAUGGGCCACAAGCAGAUGUAUGGACAGCAGGAGUCAUACUCUACAUAUUGCUUAGUGGUGUGCCUCCGUUUUGGGCUGAAACACAGCAGGGGAUAUUUGAUGCUGUUUUGAAGGGUCACAUUGACUUUGAUUCCGACCCAUGGCCACUGAUAUCGGAGAGUGCUAAGGAUCUUAUUCGGAAGAUGCUAUGCAUGCAUCCUGCAGACCGUGCGACUGCUCAUCAAGUAUUAAGUCAUCCUUGGAUAUCUGAAAAUGGUGUUGCUCCUGACAGAGCCUUGGACGCGGCUGUACUUUCUCGCCUUAAGCAAUUUUCUGCAAUGAAUAGGUUGAAGAAAAUGGCUUUGAGGGUAAUAGCUGAAAGCUUGUCAGAAGAGGAGAUAGCCGGCUUAAGAGAAAUGUUUACGGCCAUGGACACUGACAACAGUGGCGCGAUCACAUUUGACGAACUCAAAGCUGGUUUGAGGAAAUAUGGUUCCACAUUGAAGGAUACAGAAAUUCGUGAUCUUAUGGAUGCGGCUGAUGUAGACAACAGUGGGACGAUUGAUUACGGAGAAUUUAUAGCAGCGACGAUGCACUUGAAUAAGCUCGAGCGUGAGGAACAUCUUUUGGCAGCGUUUCGAUAUUUUGACAAAGAUGGAAGUGGCUAUAUUACAUUUGAUGAACUCCAGCAAGCUUGCGAAGAACAACACAUGUCGGAUAACUUCCUUGAAGAUAUCAUCAAAGAAGUUGACCAAGAUAAUGAUGGAAGGAUCGAUUAUGGGGAAUUCGUUGCUAUGAUGACAAAGGGUAAUGCUGGCAUCGGAAGGCGGACAAUGCGAAACAGCUUGAAUAUGAGCAUGAGAGAUGCUCCAGAUGCCCUCAGCUUUUCGCUUUAAACUUGCCACAGGUCUAGUGAGACAGCAUACCCCUUACCUGACCUUCACCCAUCAAUUCAAUCCUGAUUGAUUGUCCUAUUAAACCGUUAGCCCAACUCGCAUAGGACGAGGGCGCAGUGUACAGGAAGAAGAAUGUUAAACAAGGUUCGGCUAAAUAUGCCUCUUAAAGUAAUGCGUGUUCGACAGUACCCGUGUCUCUGCGAAACUAGACAGGUUGUGACCUUCAUACUGGAGAUAGGAAUGUUGUAAUUUAGAUAGUGAACUUCUGCUACAGCUGCUGGUGCUUGGGAAUCUAUUUUUUAGUGUUGUAAUUUUGUCUUUCUUUUGAUUUAUACCAACAUCAUAUACAUUAGUAUUUAACGAAAUGCAAUCAAUUUUCUACAAGCAAUAACUGAGUAUUUGUAGAUUCUAUAA